AUGAUCUCCGACAAUGACCUCUACCGCCUCGCCAUCUUCCUGGGCACCUGUGCCAUGAUGAUGAUCGUCCUCUACCACUUCCUCGAUGUCAAUGCCCGUGAUGACGAGACAGAAUCUACAGAUGGUGUCAAACCCUCCAAGAAUGUCGCUGGGUCUUCUCCGGCACCCACGGAACAUGCCGCGGCUGCUGGAAAGGGGAGGUAG